AUGCUUCGCUAUGCAAGAUGUUUGGGCCGCAGAUUUUUCAGGGACUAUUCUUCGGCAUCUGACAUUGAAGAACCUAUACCUCAGCCAAAAGCAGACAAAAAGGGUGUCGUUGUAAGGCAUCUCCCUAAAGGCUACUCCCAGCAAUCAUUAUCUACGCACAUUUCGGCCCUUUUCAAUUCAAACGAUGUUUCCAUCUUUCCUAAUAUCAAAGGCGAGCCUGCAUACGCAGUCGUAAAAUUUGACGACCCAGUUCGCUUUGAGCAGGCUUUAAGUUUGAACAAAAGACCCUUCCUCGGCAGAAAAAUCUACCUUCAAGUAAUUCCUAAUUAGACAAUUGAAGAAUUUGUGGCAGCCAGCCCUGAAAUUGUAGGAGGCUUCGACUCUCGAAAAGUCAUUGCAUACCAUUUAAACCCUCUUAUGAAUGAAGAAGAAAUUUAUAAGAUGUUCUCUCAAGUAGGCGACAUUAUGGGGAUGCACUUACCUAGAGACUACAAUACUCCACCAAUGAUGAUCGAUGGUGGAAUUAAUAUCCCAGAAUCAUUGAAAAAAUUCCAUUUAAGGACAGAAAAAGAAACAGAUUUCAGUGGAUAUACCUCAAGGCAUACUUUAAAUGAUGUUAGGGUUUAUAUUAAAGAUGAAAUUUCCAACCUUCAGUACAGGCUAGGUGAGGAAAAUAUAAGCGAAGAAGUCAAAGCAGUCUUUGAAGACAUGUAUGACCUUUGGGACUAUGUUCGAGCUGUCAAAGACUCCCUGCACACGAACGCUUCAAGUAUGGAAAAAGAAAUUGAAGAAAAAUUCAAUAAUUUGUUGGGGAAAAAGGCUUCUGCUAGUUUAAGAAACGAAUUGCUCGACAUAUUAAUGAUGAUGAAGCUGGACUCUAAACAAUUUAUUGAUUAUUGGUUUAUUACUAGAGGGUAUGUGCACAUCACAUACGCCACCAGAAAGCAAGCAGAAAGAGCUAUUUAUUUUGGAGCUGUGGGAAGACCAGAAGGCCGCAAUCUAGAAGUGGCUUUUGAUAGAGGAGUUCCUGGCUAUUUUUACUGUGAUAAGCUUGUAGGAGAAGCAUUUUUCCAAGAGUUUGCUAAAAAGAAAGACACAGAUAGAAAAGAGUAUCAAAGAGUCUAUAUUUCUCAAGAGCACCAUGAAACAGCAUUCAAGGACAUUUUUUAUAAAAAACUUGCUCAGCAGACCCACUAUUAUGGAAGUGAUGAAGAAAGAGACCCAGUUUUACAAAAAAUUGUAGACAGCUAUGAGGAUUCAAAUGAAAUAAGAGAAGCAAUUGACCAUAUUUACCCAUAUGGUGCUAAUGAAAGACAAGAAAAAAAGAAAUUUAACAGCCCUGUAACUGAUCUGGCGUCUUCUGAUGACGAAAUCCUUAAACUGCCUGAAGAGACAGAACAUUUUGAAGAUGAGAACAGAGGAAGGCUUAAUGAUCCAAACCAUCCUUACACUAAAAGGCUUAUGGAUAAAUACCUUAUUGAUAGUCGCAGCUUGCCAAAAACCACUGAUGAAAUUAAUAUGAUGAGGACGAGCCCUGAUUUCUUUAGCCCAAGAAAAAUCCCUCCUAAAUCUGUCUGGGCAAAUUUGUCUGAAAAAGAAGAAUUCGGAACGAGAAUGGUGGACAUUGAGCAGUUCUUCCACGAAGCAAUACCAAGUGAACUGAAAUUAUCUCCUGAGCUCCUCACAAAAGCAAGAUUUAGCGAUUAUCCUGAAGUCAGAUAUGUCUAUAAGAGACCAUUUAACUACUCAGACAUGCCUGCUCCUAAAAUUUCAUCAGACUCCGCUGGCAGAUCUGCAGUUAAAGAAGAAAUGAUGAGCUUUAUAAGAAGCUUGACCAGUGACAAAGCUACUACUGAAGAAGCCCCUCAGCCUCGCAACUUGUUUGGAAAAGAGGAAACCAAUUUAUUCAACAAGGAGACAUGCAAACAACUAACUUCCCCUGCCUGUGAGUGAACAAACCAUUAAAAAAUCCGUCUUUUUUUCCCAAAAAACCCACCCUCCGUGAGCGAAUAAAUUUUUUUUUUAAUAAAACAAUUAUUUAUGUAAAAAAUUUUGAAUUAUUAUCAUGAAAACUCUAGCUAAUUCUUGUUAAUUCUAAACAAAAUUGCGUUUAAUACAUAAAUUUUUAAAUUAAAUUAAUAUUUGCUUCCGAAUUUUUACAAAUUGGAUUUUUUUUAAAUUUUUAAAAAAAAUAUUCUAUAAAAUUUAUAAAUAAAUUUUUUUAAAAAAAAAAAAAAAAUUAACCCCCUUCAUGAACAAGAUUUUUUUUGUUCGCUUACGGAGGGGGAGUAAGUAUCCACACUGAUUCUGAUGAAGAAGAAAAAUUCCAAGCAUGGGUCAAGACAAACGUAGUUCAUGAUACAAACACAAAGAACAUAAGAGUACAAAUAAAACAAAAUUAUAUGGAAAUCGAAGGAUUCUUGGCAGAAAUUGCUGCAAAAAGUGAUAUGGCCUAUACAAAGCAAUAUAUUUAUGAAGGUGACGACGUGGAGGAACAUAUUAAAGAUGUCAAAGAAAAAUUUCCCAGCCUGGAUGUUACAUAUGCCAAGGACAAAUUUGAUCAAAAUAUAGUUUUAUUAAGGUAUGAGAAAAAAUUCAAAUUAAAUUUAGAUGAGAUUGAAAAAAUGCACAGAAAAUAUUUCCAGCAGGCAAAAAACAACCCUGAUGAACUAGAGAUCGAUGAAGAAGACGAGGAGCUUGUGCAAAAAUUAAAUAACCUUGAAAUGAAUACAGUGGAUAUUUGCAACGACUUGAUGAGCCAGAUUUAUGAAAAGGCAUGCAGAGAGCAUAUGGCAAGUCAGUAUAACAUGGAAGAUCUUGAGAAGUGGGGCUCAAUAGUUAAGGACUUAAAAGAGCAAGCUGAGAAAGUGGAUGCAGAAACGUUUUUGGAGUUUUUGAGAAAUAGAUAA